GUGGUGGUGGCGCCGUCCCGCGCCGGCGUGGACGAGGAGGAGGAGGCCCGCGAGGAGACGCCCGAGGACCGGGAAAUCCGCAGGGAGCUGGAGAAGAAAAGGGAGAUCGACGUCCUCUGGACCUUGAAGUCGGGCGCGUCUACGGAAAGCUCUGCCGAUGAGCCGUUUGUGUGCUCUAAGUUUAUAGUAGCGAUAGGACAUAACGCUGCAGCUUUCCUGUCUUCUUUUAUUCUGGAUUCUAUAUGUUGGGAAGUAGUUGGAGUUGUGAAGUUGUGGAAUGAGUGGUGUCGAACAUCCAACACAACAAAUGUCCUCCCGACAGAUUCGUUCUGUUUGUUCUACCGAUUAAUAUCAGAUCCGACAGUUUUGUUGUGCCAGUGUAGUUGCUAUGUUGCUGAGGAUCAACAGUUCCAGUGGCUUGAAAAGGUUUUUGGCCGUAUGCGAAGGGAGGACUUGCAAGUAACCAUUCUUUCAACGUGUCCUGUAGCUGAUUAUAAAACUCAGGAAUCCACUUUAACACUUCCAUCUCCAUUUCUGAAAGCCUUGAGGACAAAAGAAUUCAAAGAGCAGGUCUGCUGCCCACUGCUGGAACAACCAAACAUCGUGCGAGAUCUUCCUGCUGCUGUUUUGAGUUAUUGUCAAGUAUGGCAGAUUCCUGCAGUGUUGUAUCAGUGUUACACUGAUAUUAUCAAACUGGACACGGUUACAAUUGAAGCAUUCAAGCCUCUGCUUUCUUCUACAACCCUGAAGAGUUUAGUCAAGGAUGUAUCUGAAAGCACAAAGAUUUUGAAGAAGUUACUGACAACCAACGAGACUCACAAUAAUAUCUAUAUCUAAAAAGGACAUUUUUGACGCAGACUGCACUUUUGUAAACUCUGGUUUCUUCUGUAAAGGACAUUUUGGAAUUGUAGUUGUUUCCUUAAAAGUGGAAUAAACUCCAGUAGAUUUUUACUUCUGCACUCAUUUUUGUUACUUUCAAAUUCAUCACUACAGACACAUGUAUUUCUUCUGCAUGGCUUGGGAGACUGUCCUCUGGAGUGAUUUUAGGAAAGAUAUCUUGAGUAUGAAAAGCAACUUCUUUUUCUCCUCCUGAAGGGAUUGUUUUAUCUAAUGUAUCCUUUUUGUAUGCAAAAGAGGAAACACAGUUAAGGAAUUCUGUCUGUAUCUUAUGAGAACACCUAUUUUUUACUUCAUUUUGAGACAAAUGUUUUUCUAAUACUCGAUCCUCUUUAACGAUGUGUCUGUGUUCUCUGCACCUUUUUACAUACAGAUACACAAUUUGUGUGUGUGUGUGUAUGAAUGAUACAUAUAUAUGUAUGUGUGCACAUUUUUUAAUAUAUGUGUUGAUCCAAAAUAUAUUAAGUAAAGUAUGGUAACUAGUUUUGAAAGACUUACUGGUGGAAAAUAAGCUUGUUUCACAGGUUAGUAGGAAGCAAGAAUGUGGAGCUGUUUUGAACUGCAUGGAGGGGCUGUGACUUGUAUUCACUGAGUAGAUCAUCACAGGAUGCUGCUGCCUGCACAUCUGGCAGGAAGAGAGAGGUGCCCACAUUCAGGUGCUGCAGCUCCCAUUUGCAGUGCCUGGCCGAGAGCUCAUCUUUGUGGCAGUUUCAGCUUCAUACCUUCAGCAGGAGCUGUAGAGGCACAGGAGCAUUCCCUGCUGUCAGAUCUCUGACACUGGUGGGAACCUCUCCCAGUGAAAUAGGGGUGCUAGGCUCACAAGCUGCUUCAGAUGGAUUUGCCAGGUCAAGCUGAUUUAAUCUAUUCACUUUAAAACUCCAAAUUGCUGGCAACAGUAGGAAUGGUACAAGACCUCUUAUGCAGAGUAUGUGAUUUUUAGGGAAAAGUUCAAGUAUUAAAGUGUCUCAAAAAAUGACCUGAAAAUCGGUAACAAUUUCAGCAGUAUAUUUAAAAUAUUCUUGUAUAUAACCUCUGUUUAAUUUAACAUUUUGUAUAAGAAUGGUGUUAAAGAUAGUGUUUUGUUUGCUACCAGGUAAUUUGCUGGUGGUGUCACUGCACAAAGAUGUUUAAAGUGCCCGUAGCUUAUCCUUUUGGAACAAAAGGUUAGCAGCUUCAAAAUUCUCCACCAGGUUUAACUUUGACUUGCGCUGGAUGCCGGGUGGACAUUUUUGAACAGUGUAUUCCUUUCACAGAACUGUCAUCCCUUCAGGUUUGAAAGUGAUUGGCUUAGUCAACAUUCACUGAAGCAAGUAGCCCCUGGCUUCAGCAGGCCCACUACAACUUCUGGUUUUGGAAGUUAACUGUACAAGUACAUUGCAGUUUCAACGGUAGUAGAAUAUUCUUGAUGUGGAUAUCAAGUUGCAUAUCAGUUAAGACAUUGAUUUAAAUUGCUUUAAGGAGUACUGUAUUUUGGAACAAACUCUGAAGCAUGAAGUGCAGGACAUGGUACCUUCUGGGCUUUUUGUCUGUUUCUCUGCAGCAUUUCAAUUAAAACCUGUUUGUGUGAUGUGAGCUGAGAAUUCUGUUUCUCUGAAAAACCUGCACAUUGGCUACACCAUUUUCUUGCAUACUGAACAUGUUUGAUUCAUAAUAAAGUAUAUAACAAGAAAUAUGUAAUAAUAAAUAUGCAGGCUCUUACGGGAACUGUAAACAAGCUUCUAGUAUUGGUUUUAUCUCCCAUGCAGUUUCCUACCUGGGUUUAUGAUGAAGUGUGAGAAUACUCUUAAACACCUUGAAUAGAAGUGGCAAACAAAACGCUAGCAACUUGAAAGAUUAAAUUAGAAAGACUGAAAGCUGAUGCAUUGGCAGAUUGCUCCAAAGGCUAAUUAUUCUUGCUUCAAAGGGCGUGGUGGCUGCGUAGCUGGAAAUGUUUAGAUAGGAUGGUGGUGUUUUUCUGAUGGAUACUGUUGAGCUAUUAGUUUCACCCCGUGCAUUCAGGUAUAUUUCUGUGAUCCACAUUACAGAUGAGGUCAAGCUUUGUGCAGUAGUAGCUCUCUGGUAUGAAACUGUAUAGGUCAGGGCAUGGGCACACUGUAUAGUAAGACGACUAGUGUUAGCUAGGUUGUGGUGUAUAAAUUUGAAAUGUCAACCUCUUCCAGUACAUAGUAAGUACUAUAGGGCAGUGAAAGAAGGAAUUCUAAUUUAAAAUUGCUUCUAUCUUUUUUCCAUAAUUUGAUAAAUGAAGUAGCUCAUAUUCCUCUCCUUAAAAUAAAUAGUUCUGGAAGCAUCGGAAAUAAUGGUGUCUGAGUAUCUCAUAAGAUGUGAGUGUUGGCUGAAGAUUUUUUCAUAUUUGAACAUUGCUAAGUUGCUUGUUUUCUUUAUCUUCUAUGCUCUCCAGUAUCUAGUAGGAGCCUGCAAUAAGGUUUUCUUUGUUUCUAACAUCUGCUGUUUUUUUAAUACGUGUAGGAGUGUAUAAACUUAAAACUCUUGUCAAAUGUAGCAGAUGGCUUCAAAAGCUUUGGGGAAAGAAGUACAUACUUGCCUGCAUGUCUGAAAUGUGAUUGUAUAAGACUUGUUAAGGUAUUGGGCUAAAUGCAUAUAAUGAAACCAGAUCGAAUAAACUAUUAGGCAAAGAGAUUUAUUUUUUUCAGUUUUCAAAUCAUCUAAGCCACUUGCUACCCAUUUUUUUUCAGAUAACACCAAGCUGUCUUCCAUUGAAGAAUGUUGCCUUCCAAACCAAGGACACAAUCUCUUAUCAAGUCUAAUCUACUUUAUCAUGCUGCAGAAUGUAUGUGGUAGGCAGACAUGUUCUCUAUUUCCUUGAAGGCUCUGACUCAAAGAUAACAUGCCUGACCCCAUCUUAAUGAGCUCUUUAGUGAGGCUCCUUAGAUUUUGCCUUCUAACAUGUUGGUGUCAGUGCAGUUCAGGUCACAGGUAUAUGAAUACAGGACUGUACAGACAUCGUUCGAAGGUGAUGUCCAAGCCAGGAAAUCUGGGGUUUACUUGAAUUCAUUACAAAACCUCCACAUUUGAAUGCACAAACCAGCAAUAUACCUGCUGUUCUGCUUUCAUUUUCCCUGUGAUCACAUAGAACGCAGUGAUUCUUCAGUAAUAAAAUUCUUGCAGUCUUUUGAAAAUCCAUCAUGAAAACAUUAUGCCCUGCUCUGCUUUUUGAGCACUUCUCUAUCCCAUUAUGUUCCUUCUGUAUUUGACAUGACAUAACUCCUUCCUGUACAGUUUCUCCUUGCUGUGUGCCAUCAGUAGAAACACUGGUACCAUGCACAAAAGCAUGAACCCGAAUGUUCCUGUUGGAGCCCAAGCCUUUUGUGGCCCUAAAGCAGUUGGAGCUCACAUCUGAAGGUUGCUUUCGGUGACUGCCUGCUUCCUGUCCAGUAAUGUGCUCCCUGAACCUUGUUCAUCUACCUCUGUGUUCCUCAUGUAUGUGGAGGAAAGUUAAAGGUUGAAUAGCAGGUUAUAGUCUCAAAUUUUUUACUUUCAAAUAAUUCUAUAACUAAAUGUUUAAAUGUUCUUUGUAUGGUGUGUUAUGUACUUGCCUGGGUAAUUGCUUUGAAGCAGAAAAUGUUUUGUAGGAAUAGUGAUGUACCUUCAAAGGGCAGUUUCUUAAGAAUCUACUAAACAGACCAUGUGUUCUUCCCUUGUGUUGUAAUCAGAGGAUUACAGUGUGCUUUCAUACGCUAAAACCAUUAUACUUCUUAUGUUCAGGAUUGAUAUUUGAAUUCUUCUGUUAGAUCUGAUUUGGACUUUGAUCUCUUUUCAUGGUGUACUGAAAUGAAAGCCAUCUUUUCUCCAUCAGCUCUGUAGACUUUAAAGCCAAUCUGCUGCUUCAGAGAGAGUUAACAAAAGGGGGAAUGGCCAAAAUAGUCACAAUCACUAAAAGCUGCAAUUUGAUUACUGAACAGAUGAAUGGUGAAUGUACAGCCUGGCUUAAAAAUAAUAAAACUUGUUGGUAGAAAGGU